AUGGCCGGGCCGGCGGCGGCGGCGGCGGCGGCGGGCGAGGAGAGCCUGCGGGCGCUGUACCGCUGGGUGGACGCCAUCCCCCUGUCCCGGCCCAAGAGGAACAUCGCCCGCGACUUCAGCGACGCAGUGCUGGCCGCCGAGGUGGUGAAGUUUUACUUCCCCAAGCUGGUGGAGAUGCACAGCUACGUGCCCGCCAGUUCGACGCAGCAGAAGCUCUCCAACUGGAGCCACCUCAACAGGAAGGUGCUGAGUAAGCUGAACUUCUGCAUCCCGGAUGACAUGAUCCGGAAGAUCGUCCAGUGCAGGCCUGGCCUGGUGGAGCAGGUGCUGAUCCUGCUGCGGCAGAAGAUAGAGGAGAAGCAGAAGCAGAGCAAAGCUGCGUCCAGCCCGGACCAGGAGCUGGGCGCGCAGGCAGCGCUGGAACGGAUCAGCUACCUAGAGACAGGCUACUCCUCAAAGGUGAAGAGCCACGUGGGAGGGGGCUGUCCCCAAGAGUCUCCGGGGGCUGGCAGACUGAACAAGAGCCACCACGGCUAUGCCCAGGCAUCCUCGGGGGACACUGCCUUCCGCCUGCAGCUGGCAGAGAGGGAGCAGGCCCUGCUCCUGGCGCAGGAGACCAUCCAGAUCCUGCAGAUGAAGGUGCGAAGGCUGGAGCAGCUGGUGCAUCUCAAGAACAUCCGGAUAGAUGACCUCAGCCAGCGCCUGCAGGAGGCCGAGCACAAGCAGAAAUGAGCAGUGCCUUGCCUUCCCUGCAGUUCCUCUGCCUGCUCGCUCAGGACCUCUCCAGUGGGCACUUGUGACAGGGCUUUCCUGUGCCCCCUGUCCCACCUCUCCCCCCAUCGUAGCUCCUCCUGAGCUGGAAGGCCGGGCUGCCAGCAGCAUGGGUGCUCAGGCUGCAGGAAAGGCAGCAGCAGAGCAGAGAUCCCAGUGUGAGGAGGCAACUCAGGGCAUCUCAGGUUCCUGCGGGGCUCUUAGCUUAGUUCUUCCUUUCUUUGUCUUGCCUGUUUGUAAUGAAAAAGCCAGGUCGUUGUUCAGAAACCUUCCUCUAAGGAGAGCAUCAGCGGCUGAGACGCCGCUGCAGGAGGUCCCACCUACCGCGGCCUGGGGAGCAGGUUGCAGCUGACUUGGUGUCUGCCGGCGGUUUGCAGCGUGGGACAUCUCCUGGCUGCCCAGGCCUGGGAGCCAGGCGUGAGCUGGCGGAGGCGAUGUUAUGAAGUGCUGAGAUUUAAUCCGUUACCCAAAGCUCUUGAUUGCGCUUGUAAUCUCAGAGAAAAUCUGUGCUGCAGCAAACAAAGCUGCUUGCGUGAUCACUGCACAGGAGCCCCGGAGCUGUGUCCCGCCUCUCCGGCACGUACACGUACCUGUGGCGCUGGCCGGGGGACCGGACAGGCGUGGACUCACCGGGGUGAGAAGGCAGUAAUGACAGAGCUGGCAGCUCUGCCAAACACAGUGGAGAUACCUGAGGUCCGAGCGGGGCGUGUGCAGCUCCCUCCCGCGAGCAGCUAGACCACGCACAGGUACAGAGGGGUCAGCGUUGCUCUGCAAAGCUAAUUGCUGUGCGUGACGCCGGCUCUGUCUCGGGGCCGCUAGAGCCAAGCAAGCAGGGGAGAUCCCAGCCUCCAGUAGACCUCUCCCUGGCUCCCAAUAAUUUGAAGCAUUUCUGCAGCAGCAUUCCUGUAUCCGUUGAACUCUGCCGGGUGGCAGUAAACGCCCCUCUGCACCAGGGCACGGCCUGGCGGGCUCCCUGCGGGCGUCUGGGAGCAGCUAUGGGACCCCGUUUGCAGCCCAGGCGGCUCUCGGUGGUUGGAGAUGUUCGGGGAUUUGUGCGUUGAACUCGCGUGAGCCGUCUGCCGCCCUCAACGAGAGGCCGUGGGCUGGACAGCAGUGCCGCAGGGGCUGCACCGCGCUGUGAGCUGCCUCGGGCCGCCUUUGCGUCAUGUGCUGCAGCUCCCGUCGCCCUGCGGCCGGGCUGUUUCGCAGGACACGCUGACCCCCGCGAGGCCGCGGCGGGAACGACCUCCCGGCCUCGCUCCGGGAGCUGAACCGGGCCGGUGCCGUGGGGCCGUCCGGGGACGCAGCGCUGCCUGUUCGCCGCGUCGCACGCCCGCUCUGGGCCGAGCGAGCCCUGACCCCGCUCCCCCACGGGACACGGCUCCUCUCCGCGCAGGCAGGCCGCCGCUUUUCCCUGCUGUCUCCCAGCCGGGCGGACGUGCUCUUCGGAAGGGAAUUGGCAGCGUUUUCCCAUGGAGACGUGUCCCGGCUGCCGUUCCCAUCCCUGCCGGUCUGCUCCGUCCCUCCCUGGAGACGCGUCUGGGUCGCCUCGGUGGAAAGUGGCCCUUCCCCAAUGCUCCGUGAGCAUCUCCAUCCCGCCUGCACCGAGGUGCGCAGGCUGGUGCGCCUGGACGAGGACCGGGAGAGCCUGCGAGCGCGCAGCCUCCGCGUGCAGCCGGGAGGCAAAUCCUGCUGGAUCAGUGCAGGAACCAGCACCUUGCCAAGGGCAGGGCAGCGGGACUAAUCCAGUUCAAUUUAAGCGAAGGGCAAGCGUUAGCCGCUGCGCAGGGGUGUGUUUUCCUCCAGAGCAUCCCAGCUCGGCUGCAGGAGAGCCGGGACGUGGAGCGGGCUGCCCUGGGCACUGGGAUGCGCUGGGGCUCUCUGCUCUGAAGGAAAGUGAGCCGACCGAAGGCUUUGCGGAUGCCGGUGUGGUGGGAGCCCCUGUCCCAUGAUGGUCUCGGUUCCUGGGAGGCUCAGCCCCCCUGGGACAGAUGCUGGCAGCGGGAGCAUCGCUCUGAUGAGCCCCUGGAAUAAGGAGUGUGCUGCCCAUGUUAAGGGUAUUUUGAUUUCCCCUGGGGAUUUUCCUGCCUAACCUCCAUUUUGAGCAUGGUUUUCACUUUUUAUUUUUUAAUAACAAAGCCUGAAAAGAG